CUUAUACUUCCAACAGUUGUUUUUCUAGUCGCAUUUUGUCAAUUUUCGUGCAGCGAUUUGUUUUUAUUAAAUCAUUUAUUUAUUGAAAAUAUCAAUCACCAACUAAGCCGCGGACCAUGCAUUUUCCUUACAUGAAAAUUGCCAUCUACGUGCUAACGUUUCUUACCUACGCAUACUCGGGAUAUGGCUCCAGUACGAUUGUGCAUCUGCGAGACGCCAUCAUCGCGGCAGAGGCAAUAUUCGGUGAUGUUUUCAAGAAUCUGGUGACGGUUGUCAGGAAGUUCCGCACAGUGCAUGAAGUAUUCGAUGCAGCGGUGGACGAGAAUUGCAUAUUUCAAUGUACAGGACCAGAUGGAAAACCAACAGAUGUACGUCCCGUCCAGAAUAAACUUUACACCCCCACAGCCGAUGGCUGUGGCUCGCUAGGUCUACGCAUCAACACCGAAUACUUGCCCGCGGUAGAAAUGGAGAACUGCUGUAAUGAGCACGAUAUUUGCUAUGACACAUGUAACAGCAACAAGGAGCUAUGUGAUUUGGAUUUCAAGCGCUGUCUUUACAAGUAUUGCGACACCAUUGAUAAAUCCGUUGGCAGUGAAUAUCUCAUAACCAGCUGUAAAGCUGCUGCCAAAGUGCUAUUCACGGGUACCUUAACGCUAGGUUGUAAAUCAUAUUUGGAUUCGCAAAAGCGUACAUGUUACUGCGCGCCGCCGAAGCAAUCGAAAGAGGAUGGGCGUGGCUACAACGGAUAUAAGAACGGAAAUGGUGAUAAGUAUUAUAAGCAGGGCAAGAAGCAGAAAUAUGGCUGGAAGGAUCCAAACGAUAUGUAGUGCUGCCGCUGAGUUAAAGCUACUGGUGCUUCCGCUUAAGUAGCUGCAUUAUGCGUUUUCUUUAGCAACUUUGUUUCUUCAUGUUAUUGUUCAACGCACACAACAUAAAUUAAUUAAAACACAUUUGCAAUAGUAUUUUGAACAUAUUGCUAAGAUGAGAGAGAUGUACAUAGUCAAAUGUAUUUUUUAGAAGUUGAAAACUUUCGAGUGAAUUUAUUUACAUAUUUGUUUAUUUACUAUUAGAACCAACGAACUUGUCCAAGGGAAGAUAUGUAUUUUAGAUUUUAUUACAAAAUAAAACUAAUUCGUAAUUACAUACUAUAUAAUAUUCUAACUUACAUUUGUAAUUAUUUAGUUAUUUAAGCUACUUCUUUCCAAUUGCGAUUUUGCAGCAGUAUAAUAGGACAACUGGUGCACUUUUACUCGGUACUCAAUAUUUGGCUUCUGACUGUCCACCAUCACUUCCAGGUACUUAAUGCUGUCAGUACGGGUAACAUAUUACUAAUAGCAAGUCCGCAACUAGCAACCAUUUGUGACCUACAAGAGAGAAUGCACAAGCUUAUCAGAAGCGAUAAGUAACACGUUUUCGGCGCAGGCAAUAACCCGACAGCAUCCACCAGGACGUCGUUGAGGACCAUGAUCCCGAGAGAAGGGUCGCAAGACAAGUAAAAAAACCAGUAGAACUUUCAAACACGCCUUACUCUUUUUCGAUGGCAAAUAUUGUAGACGAGGGCACGAAAAGGGGUAUACGGGUAUAAUUUAAUUAAGAUUACUGAGUUCUAGUUACACUGUUGACUAGAUAGAUGUCUUCUGAAUGAAUACAAAUGUUAUGAAACAUUGUAGUCAAAGAGUUAAAGAAUCAACUGUAUAAUUUACC